AUGCGGGUAGCCAUGUGGUCCAAGGGCCUGUUGCAGUCUGUGCAGGUCUUCAGAUGCAAGAAAACUGCCAUAGCCAUGGCCUACUGCAAAUGGGGUAUUGGCCUCAUCAAAGUGAACAGGUGGCCCCUGGAGAUGAUUGAGCUGUGCACACUGCAGUACAAGCUACUGGUGCCUGUUCUGCUUCUGGGCAAGGAGCAGUUUGCUGGUGUAGACAUUUGUGUCCAUGUGAAAGGUGGUGGUCACAUGGCCCAAAUUUAUGCUAUCCCUCAGUCCAUCUCCAAAGUCCUGGUGGCCUAUUACCAGAAAUAUGUGGAUGAGGCUUCCAAGAAGAUUAAAGACAUGCUGAUUGAGUAUGACCAGACCCUGCUUCUAGCUGACCCCUGUUGCUGCGAAUCCAUAAAGUUUGGAGGCCCUGGUGCCUGAGUUCACUACCA